AUGGCCCAUAGUGAAGACGAAGACGAGUUUCUUUAUGGCUCUGAUACCGAGCAACCGGCUGCUAAGAAGCAGAAGUUGGGACCCGAGAAUGGCGAAUCUGGAGCAGGCGAAUCUUCAGUUCCAGCCGCAAACGAACUUUCAGAAAGCGAAGAAGAAGAAGAAUCCAGUGAUGACGACAUCGAGUUUGUCAUUGGAGAAAGUGCUCCCAAAGUAUCAACAACAUCAGCUCCUAGCACUCUGGGUGAAACGCUAGCGCAAGAAAAGACCGGUGAAGACAAACAAGCGCAGCCGACUACAAUUGUUAGAAAAGACGACGGCGCAUCGACCAUCGAUGUGAAUGCUGUGGCUGAAUACGAGGGAAAACCGCUUACGCUGGUUGAUCUAGAGGAGAUCAAAGAUAAGCCUUGGCGGGCGCCUGGAGCGGACAUUUCUGACUAUUUCAAUUACGGGUUUGAUGAGCUCACUUGGACCGCUUACUGUCACAAGCAAGACAAGACACGGGGAGAGUUCAAUCCACAGAAAAUCUUAGCCAAGAUUAUGCCGCAGAUGCCGCAGAUGCCACAAAUGCCAUUUCCUUUCCCGGGAAUGCCUGGAUUCAAGAUGCCAAACAUGCAAAACAUGCCUAACAUGCCUAACAUGCAAAACAUGCAAAACAUGCCUAACAUGCCUAACAUGCCUAACAUGCCACCUAAUAUGCCAAUGCCACCCAUGCCACCCAACUUUAAGAAUCAAUACAAGAAAUAG